GGGAUGCCUGGAGAGGUCUUCAGGCGCGGGUCUGCGACCCGGCUCAUAUCAAUAUUUUCGAGGUUGCCUCGGACCCACAAUCAAACAUUCUUUAGCAUUGGGUUUUGGCAGCCGACACCUCCCAAACGAAUGUAUCCAUUUCCAGGGAUCGCAAAGAAAUUGAACCACUUCAUAAUCCAUGUGAUCAAGAGAUGUCCAAGGAUCGUUAUCACUUGGUACCCAACUUCUCCAGCAUAGUAUUUUUACAAAGCUCGAAGAAAUCUCGUUCCAUCAAUAAUCACAGCGCAGAGCCCUUCACUCAAUUCCCUCUUCCCUGCAGGUGUUGCGUGCACCUAGAACACAUCGAUUCUCCAUCUGCUGCAAAUGCUGAAAGGCUAUUCUUCGCUUAUUUCUUCGCUGCCGUUAUCCGGGCGCGACCCAUGUACACGAUUUGGGGUGUCUUUCACUAUGUGGACGGCUGUUUCUUGUACGAUCAUGAUAGGGAGCACUGUUUACAUGCUCCGAAUAACCUAAAAAGAAAAAGCCGGCCGGUCUCCUCCAUCUUUACGAGGAGAAAAAUCAGACGAUCAUUAGAUUCGACAUUUCGCUGCAAACUCUUAGUACGGGAGUCCUGGUUGAUCGAAGCUUUGGGAUCUUUCACCCACAUCGAGCGAGGGACUGUAAGAUUUGUUAACCAAUGCCAAAGGAUUCUCAUCUUGUUCAAUCGGAGCCUCACUCACUCAAGUAGGGCUGCUCUCCAGUUUCGAAAAUAUAGGCUGGUCACAUCUGACGCCCGAUGUGGAACCACGAGGGAGCAGAAUGCCGCGAAGCAUCCGAAUAUCCUUCCGGCAGUUUGAUUCACAUCAAGCAGCCAAAACAUGAUACCGGUGAUGUCGAUCACAAUGCAACACUAUGCGUGGCGUUUCACUGUAGUGGGCCACCACCAACAGUACCGCCUUCUGACCCGGAGAAUGCCGAGGUGGAUAUUCGACACAAGAUUCGCUUGGAGAAGGACAGAACUGCAUGAAACCGUAUUGGCUGCGUGG